AUGCCUCAGUUGAUUGAACAAUGGAGAUUAAAGUCUGCCGAAGGCAUUGCUAUUGGUUUCAUCUCUAUUUGGUUUUUAGGUGAUCUUUUCAAUCUAAUUGGUGGGAUAUGGGCAGGUUUAUUGCCAGAAGUCAUUUUUCUAGCAAUUUGGUUUUGUAUUGCUGACUCUCUUAUGAUCUCCUCUUAUGCGUAUUACACUUUUAUUUUUCCAAAAUACCAUGAGAACGGCCACCAUCAUCAUCAUCAUCACCACCAUCACCACCCAGAACAUAUUGAAGGUGCACACGCCCUUACUGACGAGGAAGUGGAAGACACACCUUUAUUGAGGAGAAGAAGGUCAUCAACUUUAACCUACAUUGUGACUGAACCAUCAGAACAGGGUGUAUUUGUGAAAUAUGUAUUACCUAUUCUUUUUGUCAUUGGCGCUGGUGUUUUAGGUUACUUCGUUUCUAGAUCUAGCGAAGAUCCAAAUAAUGGUGAUGAUUCAACUACGAUUGAGCUUGGCCCCCAAAUAAUGGGCUACAUGUCAGCUUUCCUUUAUCUAGGAGCUAGGAUCCCUCAAAUACUUCAAAACUACAAAAGGAAAUCCGUUAAGGGCCUCAGUCUUCUUUUCUUUUUGUUUUCUACGUUAGGAAACUUGACGUACGCUGGACAGAUUUUGUGUUAUAGAAGUGACUCCCAAUACGUUUUGCUUAACUUGAGUUGGUUAUUGGGGUCCUUGGGAACUAUCUUGGAAGACAGCUUUAUAUUCCUCCAAUUUUAUAUGUACAAAGACAAUGACUUGAAAGCUGCGCAAGACGAAGAGUGA